UAGAUCCGCUUCCCGUCAAGUGCUGCCCCUUGACCUGACGUUUUACAUUCACGUUUAUAUAACUUCAACAGCAGUUUCUGACCCAGCAGGACAGAGUGAUGAUGUCGUUCUGUUCCUUAUUUGGUGGUGAAAUAUACAGAGAUAAUUUUGAUCAUGGGAAGUAUGUUUGCUCACAAUGUGGCUAUGAUCUUUUCCAUAGCAACAGCAAAUAUGCCCAUGCUACUCCUUGGCCAGCCUUCACACAGCCUAUGAGGCCAGACAGCUUAUCCAAACGAGAAGAAUCACCCAGAGCAUUAAAGGUGUCCUGUGGGAAAUGCGGCAAUGGUUUGGGACACGAGUUCUUGGGUGACGGACCAAAGAAGGGACAGUCUAGAUUCUGAAUAUUCAGUGCCUCCCUCAAGUUUAUCCCUGCAAAGUAAAUGCAGAGAACGACGAGGGAGCUCAACUUCAUCUUCAUCUCCUGGACUCUGCUUCAAACAGUUAUAUCAGUGAAUGCUCCAGCCAGCCUUUCAGCCCAGCUGUGUACAAAGGUCAUCAACUCAAAGGAUGUGAAGGCCAACUUUCUGUUUAAGGAUCCUGUAAGAAACCAUCCCAGGUCCUCAGAAGUUGAACAUUUAUUACAAUUUCAUGAAAUUGUUUAUUACAAGACAUUGAGAAUUAACUGUUUGAAUCAGAGCCCUUCUAUUCCCCGAUUAAGGCGGAGACUGACUUCCUGUUGACCAGACUUCUUGUACCUGCGUUUUAUGAAGGUGUCCAGCCAGAGUCCACCAACGGGACAGCUGGACACUAGAUCCACUGCCAGAUAACGAGAAGACUGGGACAGGUGUCUGCCAUGUCCCUUCCACAUCCCCCCCCCCC